AGCUGCCUACCUAAACUUUUGAGAAUUCGCCCAGCGCAUGAAUGCUCUUGUUCUUGUUCUUUGCUCCUUGUUCUUAUUCUCCAACCCAUCAGCUUUCGCCGACAAGACAACCCAGAACCUAACGGAUAACCGUCGACCACGACGACACUAUCCACCAUCAUGUCUUGGAGAAACCAGGGCAUUACCGGCUCUAACAAUAUUCCCUUGGGAAAUAAGCGCCGAUUUGCUGAUGAAGAUGAUGCACCCCCUGCGCGCGACUCUCGCGACCAUCGCGACUCUGGCGACAGCUAUGGCGGCAGUGAACUGAAGCGCGGUCGCAGCCCUGAACCACGUACCGACGCCGAUGGCCCACGACGCCGAAAGAAGCGCAACCGAUGGGGUGAUGCCUCGGAGAACAAGGCCGCUGGCCUGAUGGGUCUUCCGACGGCCAUUGUCGCAAACAUGACUAGCGAACAGCUCGAGGCCUACACACUCCAUCUGCGUAUCGAGGAAAUCAGCCAGAAGCUCAGGAUCGACGAUGUCGUCCCUGCUGAUGGCGACAGAUCUCCCUCCCCUCCGCCCCAGUACGACAACUACGGCCGUCGUGUCAACACCAGGGAAUACCGUUAUCGCAAGCGUCUCGAGGAUGAGCGCCACAAGCUGAUCGAGAAGGCUAUGAAGACCAUCCCUAACUACCACCCACCUCAGGACUACCGACGUCCCACCAAGACGCAGGAGAAGGUCUAUGUGCCAGUCAAUGACUAUCCGGAGAUUAACUUCAUUGGCUUACUCAUUGGCCCCCGUGGUAACACACUCAAGAAAAUGGAAACAGAAUCCGGUGCCAAGAUUGCCAUCCGUGGUAAAGGCUCCGUCAAGGAGGGCAAAGGUCGAUCUGAUGCCGCUCAUGCUAGCAACCAGGAGGAGGAUCUGCACUGUUUGAUCAUGGCAGACACUGAGGAGAAAGUCAAUAAGGCCAAGAAGCUGGUUCACAAUAUCAUCGAGACUGUAAGUGGAGAUGUUCCUGGUAUACCCAAAAAGUCCCGCCUUAACUCAUACACACAGGCCGCUUCUAUCCCUGAGGGACAAAACGAGCUCAAGCGCAACCAGCUGCGUGAGCUGGCUGCUCUCAACGGUACUCUGCGUGACGAUGAGAACCAGGCCUGCCAGAACUGCGGUCAGAUAGGACACCGCAAGUACGAUUGUCCUGAGAAGCAGAACUUUACUGCCAACAUCAUCUGCCGCGUCUGUGGCAAUGCUGGUCAUAUGGCUCGCGAUUGUCCUGACAGGCAGAAGGGUGCCAGCUGGCGCAACGAUGGUCCACCUGGCCGUGCUCCUGCCGGCCGUAUUGGCGGCGGUGACGCCAUCGACAACGAGUACGAGCAACUCAUGCAAGAACUUGGCGGUGGCUCCAACGACCCACCCGCUCGUAUUGAAGCCGGCCCCGGUUCGUACAACAGCAAUAACACCAAUAGCAACAAUAACGGUACCAAUGGCGGUGACAAUGUCAAGCCUUGGCAGCGUGGACCUACUGGCGGCCCAGCUCCCUGGCGCUCCCGUGACAACGAAGCCGGCGCUGGCAACGACGGUGGCGCUGCACCUUGGCGUGAUCGUCCCCGUCGUGAUGACAACCGAGCCGGCAACGACUACUACGGCGGCGGCCAGGGCUACAACAGUGGUGCACCUACCGCUGGCGGCGCUGCUCCUUGGCAGCAAGCCUCGCAACCCCAGGCCCAGCCUCAAGCUUCAGCUUACCCAGGUUAUCCCGGCUACGCUGGCUAUGGUGCUGCUCCUGGAAUGGGCGCUCCCCCCGGACUUCCUGGCGGCAAUGCCAUGGGUGCGCCUCCUGGGUUGCCUGGCAAUCUCAGUGCCCUCAUUCAGCAGUACGCUGGUGGUGCGGCACCUCCCCCGCCGCCUCCUUCAGGCGAAGCACCUCCUCCGCCACCUGGAGAGCAGCCUCCGCCACCUCCUCCUGGUGCUUAAGCAUGACGGCAGAUCGAUUGGUUCCGACGUAACGGCACUAAUGACAGGCAUCUAACGAUGGCGACUUGUACACGCAGCAGGAUUAACAUUAACUCAUUAACCGGUAUUAAGUUCGAUAGUUUGCACUAAUAAUAGGUUUCUCAAGUGCGUCAUGAUUGGGAUGAUCAACUUGGUUGAUGCCUUCUGGUUUUGUAAAAUACUUUGAGAUAAGCAGCUAAAUAGCAAUAUCAUCUGCAACUAUUCUGGGCCU